AUGAGGCUGAAUGAGAGCGGAACAAGAUCCUUCCAGGCUCCUGUCACCGUCCAUAAUUACCCAGGCAGGCAGGUGUACGUGUUUCCGAAUGGCCGGUCUGAAUCAGAAGAGUCAGAGGAGGAGGAACUCAAUGUCAUGGAAUUGCGACCGAGGGGCAAGGAGCAGCAGCACCACAGCACUUCUCGGGACAGAGUUGGAGACGUGGUACUUCUGGAACGGGAGAUUACAGAGGAUGAUAAUCUUAACAAGCUGGCCCUGCAGUAUGGUUGUAAAGUUGCAGAGAUCAAACGCGUCAACAACUUCAUCCGGGAGCAGGACUUGUACGCGCUGAAGUCCAUCAAGAUCCCCGUGAAGACCCACGGGCUGCUCACGGAGAGCGGCGGCGAACUGAGGCCGCUCCCAGCUGCGCCCUCCCGGAGCAGCCUGGCACGCGUGGACUCGCUGGAGCCCGACACCGGCGCGAGCGGCUCUGCUGAGGGCAGACACCUGAGCGAGUACUUCAAGGGGAUCGACAAGGACAUUCAGGAUGCUGUGCAGGCAGAGGGCCAGCUGAACAUGGAGUGUUGCGUGGAAGCACCGGAGAGGCUGCUGCCUGAGUUGGGGAAGCGGAAGCCCAGUAAUGGUGCGGACUGUGGAAUCCAGUGGUGGAAUGCAGUUUUUAUCAUGCUGCUGAUAGGAAUUGUCCUGCCAGUAUUUUAUAUCAUCUAUUUCAAAACACAAGGCCUGGUGGCCCAUACCUCUAACACAACACUAACCUCUAAUGCUUCAACAGCUGGAUUGGAAGGGACAUUGCCACAAAGCUCAGCUGCAGGAACAAAAUCCUAA